GCUGAGGCACUGACUGAACAGCGCACUGUCAGGAGGGGCCACCAUUCCUUGAAGCUCCCAUCCGGACCAGAGGGCCGCUGCAGCAUCCGCAAAGAGAGGGAAAUACCGCUUUGUUAGGGUCGUUUUUUGUUUGAAUAAAGGUGGAAUCGGAGAGAACAUGUCUUAUCAAGGCAAAAAGAACAUCCCAAAGAUCACCAGCGACAGGCUUUUGAUCAAAGGUGGGAGGAUUGUGAACGAUGACCAAUCCUUCCAUGCUGAUAUCUACAUGGAGGAUGGCCUUAUUAAGCAGAUUGGCGACAACCUGAUUGUUCCAGGAGGUGUUAAGACCAUCGAUGCCAACGGGAAGAUGGUGAUCCCCGGCGGCAUUGACAUCCACACCCACUUCCAGAUGCCAUAUCGUGGAACCACAACCGUGGAUGACUUUGCUCAAGGAUCAAAGGCUGCCCUCGCCGGAGGCACAACCAUGAUUGUGGAUCAUGUGAUCCCAGAGCCGGGCAGCAGCCUGAUAGAGGCCUACGACCAAUGGAGGCAGUGGGCUGAUGAGAAGGCCUGCUGCGACUACUCUCUCCAUGUGGACGUCACCCACUGGGAUGACAGCGUAAAGCAGGAGUUGGAUAACCUCAUGAAGGAGAAAGGUGUGAACUCAUUCCAAGUUUACAUGGCCUACAAGGAUUAUUAUCAGAUGAGCAACAGUGAGCUCUAUGAGGUCUUUACCUUUCUGGCAGAGAGGGGAGGGAUCGCCCAGAUCCAUGCUGAAAAUGGCGAGAUCAUUGCUAAGGAGCAGGCCCGGAUGCUGCAGACGGGUAUCACUGGACCGGAGGGGCAUGUACUGAGCAGGCCAGAGGAGCUGGAAGCUGAGGCCGUGUUCCGAGCCGUAACCAUUGCCAGCCAGACCAACUGUCCUCUCUACGUAACCCGUGUCAUGAGCAAGAGUGCUGCUGACAUCAUUUCGCAGGCCCGAAAAAAAGGAAAUGUGGUGUUUGGGGAGCCAAUCACAGCCAGUCUAGGGACUGAUGGAACACAUUACUGGAGCAAGAACUGGGCCAAGGCUGCUUCUUUUGUUACAUCACCUCCUCUCAGCCCUGAUCCUACUACCCCAGACUAUUUGAACACACUGCUGGCAAGUGGAGACCUCAGUGUGACUGGCAGCGCUCACUGUACCUUCAGCGUGGCGCAGAAGGCCAUUGGCAAGGAUGACUUCACUCAGAUCCCGGAAGGAGUCAAUGGAGUAGAGGAGAGGAUGGCGCUCAUCUGGGAUAAAGCAGUGACUACCGGUAAGAUGGAUGAGAACGUGUUCGUGGCCGUUACCAGCACUAAUGCUGCUAAGAUCCUGAACCUUUACCCUCGCAAGGGUAGGAUUGCAGUGGGUUCUGAUGCUGACCUCGUCAUCUGGGACACAGACUCUGUUCGCACAAUCACUGCCAAGACUCACAACUCGGCCGCUGAGUACAAUGUCUUUGAGGGCAUGGAGCUGCGUGGUGCCCCGCUGGUGGUGAUAUGCCAGGGGAAGAUUGUGCUGGAAGAUGGAAACCUCCAUGUCACCUCCGGAGUGGGACGUUUUAUUCCCUGCUCUCCCUUCCCUGAUUUUGCUUACAAGCGCAUUAAAGCCAGGAAGCAGCUGGCUGUUCUGAGGGCUGUGCCUAGAGGAAUGUAUGAUGGCCCGGUUUCUGAAUUUUCCAUGUCCCGCGGUGGUACUCCUUCUGCUUCGGCACGUACUUCUCCUACCAAACAACCAGUCAGAAACCUGCACCAGUCUGGAUUCAGUCUAGCAGGCCCUCCCACCCCAGAGGACCUCCCAGUCAAACAACCUGGACGCCGUAUAGUAGUGCCCCCUGGUGGUCGCUCCAACAUCACAUCUCUCAGUUAAACAGCCAGAAGACAAAGCACUCCGAGAAGAACAGCCAGAGUGGAUGAUAGUGGGAUGGGUUGGGCGGGGGGGUAACCAGGGUUAGGGUUUAAAAUACUUGCAGAGGGAUGCCUGAGUUUAAAGAGCAAAACACUGAAUCCUCAUGCCUUACCUGUCACAGUGCUACUAUGCUCUGAUGAGAAUUGUAUCCGUUUUCCUUUAACCGUGCAAAAGGUGGUAGAAGUUGCCAACAAAGCUCAUUACACAUGAACAAUGUCAGCCUCAGUUUAUGUCAGCUCAGAGUAGUAGCUUUUUUUCGAAACGGAAAAUGGAUACAGAUUUUCUUGGGAUUCUCCUUUUCUCCUACUUGACUUUCAUUAUCCCUCCUUAUUCAGUAGCUCACUUUCUCCAUAGUCAGCAAGACUUAACAAUAGAUCCCAUAUUAGCCAUGUUUCGUCAUGCAGUGCCGUUGAUUAGCUUUAGGUGGCAAUGUAAAUAUGGUAGAUGUAAUGUAGCUUUGUGAAUGAUGUGGUUGCAGACCGUUUGGAAUUUACUGGACCAAUUCAAAUACUUCGAUCACCUCCAAAAGCAGGAGGGCUGAUGGACAUGGAGCUGCAUGGGCCACAUUAAUAUGGGCGACGUGAUCCAUGAUCCUUUUCCACCUCCUCUGAGAUGAUAUUUACCGUCCUCAUAAUGUACUGUAUUGAUGUUAAAAAAGAGAGAAAAUAAGACCUGAGAAAACAAUACAAGGAACCAUAAAGACAGAAGAAAUAUUAAAAGCGUUUUUUUUUUUUGUUCCUCAUUCCCAAAAUUGGUUUGUCAGAUUUUUUUUAUCUUGUGUUCACUUCAUUUUCCUGCAUAAAAGCAUUAAAAGAAACCGUCCUUUGCAUUUGCUUGCAGUAAAUUGGUGACGUCUGCGUCGGUGCAAUCAUUUAAACAAAAUGAUACUAAAUACACCCACUAAAUACAUACUCUGGGUAUGUAUUUAGUGGGUAAACUAAAGCUUUCUCAUUAAUGCUCUUUGCUGACAUUUCAUUUUGUAACUAACUUGACUCUUGUUUAAAGACAAUUGGAAGAUGAUACUUCAGUUGUGAUCCAUCUCUACCCUUUAAUAAAAUCCUCAUUGCAUCAAACAGCAACAUGUCCAUUUUCUGAUAAGGCAGAGGAUUUUAGUGCAAGGAAGCCAUUCAACUGCUCUUUAUUGUGUGGAAUUUAAACAAGAUACUGUUUUUAUUCUGCAGACUAAGGCAGUAGGGAGUUGUUUUAUUCUUCUUUUUGUAUUUAUGUUUGGAAGACAACCUUUGAUUCCCUGUUUUUAAGUUUCUUUUUUUUUUACUAUUGUGUCAGAACUCUGAGAGGUCAAUAAAAGGUGUGCUGGUAUGAAAUGUUUCCUGAAUAAACAGAAGUUGCAGCUGA